AUGGAUAAUUAUAUGAACAAAUUUUUCGACCGUUGUAAAUCAUCUGAAUUUCUUUUAGGAGUUCAAAAAUAUUCUUUGUAUGGAAAAGAAGAUAAAAUAAUACAAAAUGGGGAAAGCAAUGUUAAAAAUAGUGUAAAACAAAAUGAGUACAACCUAAUUGCAAGCAAGUUUGAGAAAAUAAAAAAACUACACCAUCCUAAUAUAUGCCGAUAUAUAAAUAUAAAUAGAAAAAAUAAUGAUUAUUAUAUUUUUUCAGAAUAUUAUAGCUUAUCCUUAUAUGAUCUACUAAAUGGGGAGAAAAAGAAUAGAGCACAUUUUAAGUGUCUAAGGAAAAUAUUUAGAAUUAAAAACCAAACAAGCAAUACAAAGCUCUCUAAAAUGUGUGAGAAUGUGAAUGAAAAAACGGAUGAUCAAACAAAAAUAAUAAAUCAUAUGGUUUUAAAAAAAAUAAUUUAUGAAAUACUUAAAGCAGUUGAAUAUUUACAUUCAAAGAAUAUACAUUUUUUAAACAUAACACCUCAUAAUAUUUUAAUAACAUCAAAAGGAAAAAUAAAGUUACACAAUUAUUGUAUGUCUUAUUUAUUUGACGAUUAUGAAUAUAAUUCGGAAAAAAAAGACAAAGAAUUUUUUAAUAAAAAGUUAUUUAUCGAUCAGAUAAUGUCUAUGGAAAAUCAAUUGAACAAUAUGAAAAAUAAUCAAAGGUGUAACAACUUGUCUGAUUUAUCAGAAAAUGAUGAAGGAAAUAUGUUGGGCUCACCUUUAGCUAGCUUUAAUGAUAAAAAAAUAGAAAGCGAAAAAAAAAAAAAAAAAUUUAUUUUUAUCAAAAAUUAUUUCAAAUAUUAUAAUUUUAGUGAAGAUAUGUUAUAUUUUGGUCCGUUUUUUAUUUUUUUGAAUCUUUUUGAAAAUCAAAAAAUAAAAAUAAGUUAUAAUUUAUAUAAGCACAUAGACAUAUUUAGUGUCGGAAUUGUGAUAAUUCAAAUUAUUAAUGGGUUAAUAGAUUUACAAUUUAUAAUAGAUAUUUUUUUUUCUAACUUUUUUUGUUCAAAAGUCAGUGAAAUUAUAAAUUCUGAACAAACCAGAUCUACAAAAAUAAAUAAUCAAGGGGGUGACUCACAUUUUGAACAAAAUAAGGAAAAGGAAAUGUAUAUUAGAAAGUACAAUAAAAUUAACAAAAUAUAUGAAUCAUUUAAAAUUGUUAAAAAUGUAUUAGAACAAUGUGUGGACGAAAAGGGUGAAAAAGUCGAAAAGGUCGAAAAAAAUAUGACCGGGUCAGAAAAAAAUAUGAUCGGGUCAGAAAAAAACAUGACCAAGUCAGAAAAAAACGACGAACACAGACAGCUAAAAUUUUUUGUUAGCAGUCUAUUAAAAAAAACUGAUUCUAUAAAUAAGAUUGAAAAUAUUUUUAUACUUUUAUUAUAUAUAAAAAUAUAUUAUACAUAUAUUGGUUAUUAUUCAGAUAGUAAAAUAAGAGAAAAUAAAUCAAGAAAAAAAAAUAUCAGUUUGAUAAAUAUCAACAUUUACAGAUUGUUUGAAAAUGGAUAUGCUAAAAAAAAUGUCAUGAAAAGGGGAAGUAGAUUGAAUGUAGAAUAUGAAAGACAAAAUAUUUAUAAAAAUAAAAAACGAUCAAAUAUAAUGUAUAAAAUAAUUAAAAAUAUGAUGAAACAUUUAUUAAAACAUAAUAUUGAUAUAAGUUGUAUAAAAGUAAUUGAAAAUAUAUAUACCGAAUUUUUUAGUAUAAAUAUAUUAGAACAAAAUGUAAAACAAAUAUUUUUACCUAGUAUGAAAAAUGAAAAAAUAUAUUUUUUUAAUUUUUUACAUAAAUGUUUAUUAUUAACAUAUAAUGAUUUUAAUGCCAACUCUUUGCUAUCACAUUAUUAUUUUUUUGAAAGAGAAAUGGUAUCCCUCAAUAGUAUUUCUCAAUUUGAAGUAGGAUAUAAUGAAAAUAUAAAAAGUAAUAAAAAUAGACAAGGUCUUACUUAUAAACAUUAUCAUAAUUCACUUAUGUCAUAUUAUAUAUAUUGUACUAAAGAUGAAAAUAAUAAACUAAAAGAUAAAUAUUAUAUCAAUAAAAAGAAUAUUUUCUAUUGGUUUGAUUUAUUAUAUAAGUAUAACUAUGAAGAAGAAUUAACUAAUGCCGAUUUUUUUGAGACCCCUUGUAAUAUUUUAAAAUUGCCAUAUAUGUUUUAUAAAAAAAAUGAUAAAUAUUUUAAAGUUUCUUUAUUUUCAAUGUAUAAAGAAUAUAUAUUAAAAAAGUAUGCCCAAUUAUUUAACAAAUAUGAAUAUGUAGAUAAAUGGAAAGCGGAUGUAGUCGAAAAAAAAAAUAAAUUGCGAUGGCUUAAACUUCAAAAAAAUAAGGAGACUGAUCAAGAUUGUACUAAAUAUAUAAGAGAAAUCCCUGUAACUUGUUUUAGUUUAUUAAAAAAAAAAAGAAAACAAAUUAGACACACCAAGUGGGAUAUCAUAAAUAGUGGUAUAGCACAAAUAAGGAGAAGAAACAAAAAUAAUAAUAUUAAUGUAGAGAAACAAACUAAUUUAAAAAUAGAUAAAGAGAAAAAUAAGAGUUAUACAUACGAAUCUGAUAGUAGUGCAUUUUCAAAUUUUUUAAACAUACCUAAUGAUAUAAAAGAAGAAGAAUUUCGUUUUAAAAAUAUAAAUAUAAAAACAGUUGGAAUAUAUUUAGAUUCAUUUUAUGAAAUAAUUAAAGAUGCAUAUAUAUUUAUUAAAAAUAAUGAAAAUAUAUUUUGUUCAUAUAAAAAUCAGUAUAAUGAUAUUUGUGUAUAUAGUCGUAAUUAUAUAUUUAUUCACCAAUAUAGAUUAUAUAUACAUUUUCAAAAAAUGUUGAAACUUGAAUCUACAAAUAAUAUAAAAUUAAUUAGAGAAGUUAAAUCAGGAUUUCCAUCAAUAAUUAGAAACAUUAUUUAUUUAGUUUUUCUUAAUUAUAAUUACACAAUUUUAAAACAAAAGUCUUUUGAAAAAAAUCAAAAAUUAAAAACACAAAUCAUAAUGCUUUGUCAAUAUAUCACUGGAAUUCCUUCAAAAUAUAAACUACUUUAUUCUAAAUAUAACAAUAAUUAUUCAUGUAAUAUUAUUUUAAAAAGUGAUAUUAAAGUUGAAGGAAAAGACAAUUGUCUUGAUAUGAGUGUAGAUGAAAAAAAAAAGAUUGUUGUAAAAAAAAAUUUCUUUUUUUCAAACAGAUUGAAGCAUGAAAAUGAUUUAAUUGGGAGUAUAAAAUUUCAAAGAAAAAUCUUUGGUAUGCUCUUAUUGUUAAGAAAUAAAUUAAAAGUGACAAGCCGGUUUUUAAAAUAUUUAGUUGUACCAAUAACUGUAUUAUAUUAUGAUAAUUUGUAUUUAAAUUAUAAGUGUCUUCAAAAGAUAAUAAAAAAUUAUUUACUUGAUAUAUAUACAAAUAAAUAUAGUUUAUUUGAAUUUAUAUAUAUUUUGAAUACUUUGUUAAAUUAUUAUAUUCCUGAGCUAGCUAAAUUUUUUUAUAAAAAUAAUAUAAAUAUUACAAAUAUUAUAAAAUCAUGGAUAUUAUCAUUAUAUUGUAACUUUUUUGAUAUACAGAAUUCUUUUUUACUUUUAGAUUUUAUACUAAUACAACCACGAUCUUGUUUGUUAUUUAUAUCAAUAAGUAUAUUAAGUUAUUUAAAAAAGUAUAUCUUAAAAUCAUCUAAAAGUAAAAUAUAUCAAGACAUUUUUACCUUAUCCCAUUUGAUAAAUUUAAAUUAUAUUAUACGUAUGUCUCAACAUUUAUAUAAAACAUGUUCUACAUUGUUUACUACAUUCCCUAGUCACACCCAAAACCAUCAAACACCCUUUUCCACUAACAUAGAAAUAAAUAACAACAAUUAUAAUAUUAAAAAUGAUAGUAAAUAUAACAAUCAUAUUAAUUGUCUAUCCUAUUUUAUGAACAAGCAAGAAUGGAGCAAGUACUACGUACAUAGACAUACUUUCGGGGUAUACAAAAAAGUUAUUAAAAAGGAAAGAGGAUGUAGUAAAUAUUGUAAUUAUAGUUAUUCUAAAAAAAAUAAAUCGGAUGAAAAGAAUGAUAUGUCUUAUUGUGACAUGAAAGAAGAGAAAAAUGUUAAUGCUAUAAACAUUUCUGAUAAAAAAAAAUGUAAUAAUAUGGUAAAAUGUGGUGAAAAAACAAAAUCGGCAAAAAUAGGCAAAUAUUAUGAAAACUUUUUAAUGUGCUACCGAGCAAACAAACACAAAAAUUUGAAUGAAUAUGUUUCAUAUGAAAAAAAAGGUAGUUAUUUAAAAUGUUAUAAACAAAACGAAGAAAUAACAAAAAAAAUACAUAGUGUUAAUAAUGGGUGCUAUAAAAGCGAGUAUACUAUUUCCAACAAAGUGAGCUUAUAUUACAGCAUAACAAGUAUUAAAAAAAAAAACAAAAUCAAAUUAAAAAAUAUUGAUAUGAUAAAAAUAAUUGGUUUCCCAAUGUUUCCAUUUUUUUACAUUACAAACUUAUCCAAUGAAUCAUCUCUUGAUCAGUAUAUAAUUGUCGAUACACGUCCUGUCGAAAAUUUUAUGACCAAGCGAUUUAAAAAUUCUGUACAUGUUAAUGCUUUUUUUACAAACUUUAAAAAAGGCAUUUAUAAAAAUUAUGUCAAUGAUGAUGAAAAAGGAUAUGAUAGUGAUUAUUAUGAUGAUCACACUUUGAAUAAUUAUGAAUUAAAGUCUAAUUUAAAAACAAUCAUUCUUGUAUUUAGUGAUGCAAUCUUCGAUUUUGAUAUAAUACAUAAUUUUCUAAAUUUAGAAAUUAUGUUUGUAACUAUAUUACGUGGGGGAUUUGAAUAUGCCAUUAAUAAUUUACCAUCAAAUUAUUUUACAUAA